ACAGAGUCGGAUUCAGAGCAGAAACUGGAGGAAAACUCUGAUUUAUAUCCUAGAGAAGGUUGAAGAAAUGACACUGAGUGCUGCAGACGGCUCAUUUCUACACUCACUUCUCUUUAUUUGUGCUUAAACUCACUUUUUCUGCUGCUUUUUGCUCCGUCAGUGGGUUUUAUCGUCCUCCAUGUGCUCUUUUCUCAGAUUCCUCUCCAGCUGAUAAAAGCUUUUAUCUCCAGAACUUUGACCCGUCAGAACGUUCUCUCUGUCCAGAGAACCAAUCAGGAAGCAGCUUUCAGCUCUUCAGAACCAGCGACAGAUCCGUCACCAUGAACCGGGUCUGGGCUGCGUUCAAAGCCCACCCGUACAUCAGCAACGUCCUGGGCUACACGGCUCUGUUCGCCUCCGCCGACCUCUUCCAGCAGAACCUCCUGGCUCAGAAAGCUGCCGGCGGGUCGGAGGAACCGGGAGGCGUGGACUGGACACAGACGGCUCGAGUGGCGACGGUCGGCUUCUGUUUCCACGCCAACUUCAACUACUGCUGGCUGGCGGGUCUGGAGAAGCUGCUGCCUGGAGGAGGGAGGAAGGCGGUGGCGGGGAAGGUGGUGUUGGAUCAGCUGAUCGCAGCGCCGCUCACCAUCAGCGCUUUUUACAUCGGUUUAAGUUUCCUGGAACACAAAGACGACCUGCUGGAGGACUGGAAGCAGAAGUUCUGGACGUCUUAUCAGACUGGGGUGGUCUAUUGGUCGACGAUGCAGGCGAUAAACUUCACCUUCGUCCCUCCGGUGGCUCGGACCGUCUUCCUGGGAGGCGUCGCUCUGACCUUCACCGUCUUCCUGUGUCACCUGAGACAGCAGCAAAACCACCAACAGGAAUAAACCCGAAGCAAAACCACCAACAGGAAUAAACUCGAAGCAAAACCACCAACAGGAAUAAACCUGACUGCAGCAAAACCACCAACAGGAAUAAACCUGGCAGCAGCAAAACCACCAACAGGAAUAAACCUGACUGCAGCAAAACCACCAACAGGAAUAAACCUGGCAGCAGCAAAACCACCAACAGGAAUAAACCUGACUGCAGCAAAACCACCAAUGGGAAUAAACCCGAAGCAAAACCACCAACAGGAAUAAACCCGAAGCAAAACCACCAACAGGAAUAAACCUGACUGCAGCAAAACCACCAACAGGAAUAAACCUGGCAGCAGCAAAACCACCAACAGGAAUAAACCUGACUGCAGCAAAACCACCAACAGGAAUAAACCUGGCAGCAGCAAAACCACCAACAGGAAUAAACCUGACUGCAGCAAAACCACCAAUGGGAAUAAACCAGAAGCAAAACCACCAACAGGAAUAAACCCGAAGCAAAACCACCAACAGGAAUAAACUCGAAGCAAAACCACCAACAGGAAUAAACCUGACUGCAGCAAAACCACCAACAGGAAUAAACCUGGCAGCAGCAAAACCACCAACAGGAAUAAACCUGACUGCAGCAAAACCACCAACAGGAAUAAACCUGACUGCAGCAAAACCACCAACAGGAAUAAACCCAAAGCUCUGCAGCUCCACCAGGAAGGUUUCCGGAAAAAGACUUCACCAAACAAAACCAGCUCCAGUCAGGAAACAUUCAGGAGGCAGCGGCUGCACUUCUGCUAAUUCUGUCAUGUUAUUUAAGGUGUGAUUAUUCCUGAAUAGUUUAUAAAUAAUAAAUAAACUUGUAAUUGUU